UCUUGUUCUUUUCUCAAUAAAUGUGUGCGGGAAGAGAAGCACCAGAAACGUAAGUCCGGGAAUCCUGUCACUUUGCUCUUUCUAAAAAAUUAUUAUUAUUAUUAUUUUUUGUCGGAGGAAAAAUACCAGCCUGGCGCCCGCGUGUGCACCAAGCGAAGUGGAAGCGGGGACACACCCUCCCGUCACCGCCCCAGACGGCGGGGCGGGCUGAGCCCAGAGCCGGCUGGGCUCUGGCGGCAGGAGGAUGCGCCGCUGCUGCCAGGAGCUGGGGCCGGGGAGGAUGCUCCCGAGCCGGCUCUCUCUGGGACGGUCGAGGCUGCUGCAGACGAUCCGAGCCCGCCACCGUGCGUGCCCGAGGCCACUGCCACCCACACCCCAGACCCAAUCUUUCUUACAGGUUUUAUAUAUGAAACUGUAUGGAAAUCCAAAAUACUACCAAGCCCUCCAUUAUGGAACAGUGAUGCCACCUGAUGAAGUGACAGUUAACUAUAGACAUGGUCUUCCCUUGGUGACACUCACUCUGCCAUCCAGAAAAGAGCGCUGCCAGUUUGUGGUCAAGCCAAUGUUGACAACAGUAGGCUCGUUCCUUCAGGACUUACAAAAUGAAGACAAAGGCAUCAAGACUGCGGCCCUCACCACAGCAGAUGGCAGUGAGAUUCCAGCUUCAACACUGAUGGACACUUUACUAAUGAAAGACUUUAAACUCAUCAUUAACAAGCUAGCAUACAAUGUCCAGUGUCACAAGAAAGAAAAACCAAGUGAAGUGCACAUGGUUGAGAUGGAAAACAUGAAAUCCUUGGUUCACAGACUAUUUACAGUCUUGCAUUUAGAAGAAUUCCAGAAGAAGAGAGAGCGCCAUCUGAUGGCAAAGAUCGACCACCUGAAGGAACAGCUGCAGCCCUUGGAGCAGGUCAAAGCUAGAAUUGAAGCUCAGUCAGAAGCCAAGACCAGCGGACUCCUGUGGAUGGGCUUAGCUCUGCUCUCCGUGCAGGGAGGGGCACUGGCCUGGCUUACGUGGUGGGUGUACUCCUGGGAUGUCAUGGAACCAGUCACGUUCUUCCUGACGUUUGCAAAUUCCAUGGCCUUUUUUGCAUACUUCAUCAUAACCCGGCAGAACUACACUUACUCGUCUGUGCGGAGCAGACAGUUCCUUCAGUUCUUCCACAGGAAAUCGCAGGGACAGUGCUUUGAUGUGGAACUAUACAACAAGUUGAAGGAGGACCUGGCUGAGGCAACAGACUCCCUGGAGAUCAUGCGCCACUCCUUCCAUUUCCGAAUGCCAGGAAAGGAACUCAGCGAGAAGACUUAGUCUUAUGUUUUUAAACAUCCCAAGGCUAUUGUGCCAGUUUUGUAACCUACCAAUUGGACAUUUUUAAGGUCCGGUUCAUUUCCAUUUGAUGGUUUCAGACAUUGUUUGGUUAAUAAAUUUGAUGCCUGGUUUGUG